UCGGAGGCCAGUCUCUUUUGACAUUCAUACUAAUGGCUUCCCAACUCCCGCCGUUGCGACCAACAAUCACCGCCGCGUCCCGCACGGCUGCAAACACACAAUUCAGCCAUGCCACAUACGGCAUCCACGACACAAUGCGCCAUGGCUUGCACCAGGCACGAGACGACCUCGCCCCGUUGCACCCAGUCGCAUUCAUCCAGGACACAUUCGACGCCCACCAAGACCAUCUGCGGCUCUCGAUGCUCGGCCUCACGCAAGGCCAGCAGGCAGUCAUGCGCCUCAACAUGGAGCGCAACAUUCUUUCCCGCGUCUGGCGAGGCCCCGGUCUGCCAUCCUCCAACAUUGGCCUCGAGACGAUUACUGGUCGCGACGACCGCAUUGCCUGGGAGGAUGUUCUCAACGACCCUAACAUGUCCGAAGUGUCGCCUGCUCUGCACGAGACGGCUGAAGCUCGCUUGCGACUUUGAAAAACAAAAGCACGGCUAUUUCUCGUCGGAAUGUGUGUGUUUUGGUGUUUCUUGUAACUAGUUGAAGGAGGUCUGUUUUUUUUUUUUUUUUGUUUCCAAAGACUUUCCCCCCCCCCCAACUUCGUUUGCUUUGUUUAAAUGCUGCUUCCCAGUUGUGUUUGCGUUUCGUGUUGUGCCCUCGUGCUUCAGCAACGAAACACACCUUUCCCCACUCAUUUCGAUUUGUACAAACAAUGAAAAACAACAACAAAACGUUCACCUCAUC